AUGUUCGGCCAUCCACAGGCUGGCCAUCAGCAGCAGAGACCUGCAUCGGGCGCGAAUGCAGGACAAUGGAUGGCGCACGCCGACAGUGUGUCAUGCUCGCAAUAUCUCUGCCCUGAUACACUCGUUUGCGUGUCAAACCCCUCCGACUGCCCAUGUCCUGACGUGCAAGACGUCAAGUGCCUCAUUCCGGAUUCUGAUGACACGGGCGGCGCGACGGUCGUAUGCGCACGAGGCACGCUCGACUGCGCGACUGUCGAGCAGUUGUCUAGAAAGCUUUCGUGA